CCACCUGCUCAGCAUGCGGACGCCGGCAGCGAUGAUCGUAGGGCUGGUGCUGUGCCCCUGCGGGAUCCUGCUGACACUGACAGGCACACUGGCACCCAACUGGAGGCAGGUGAGCCUCAUACCCAACCAGCCCAUCGACCUCAUCUUGGAGCAGGGCAUCUGGGACUUGUGCAGCGAGCGGCAGAGCAACCAUCAGCGCAGCUGUGGGCAGGCCGAUGAACUGGGGUACUUUGAGCAGGUGCCUGUGCGGGUGGCGCAGGGGCUGAUGCCCACCUCGCUGGUGCUCACACUCGUGGGCUUGGUGGUGGCUACCCUGGGGGUUCGCUGCUGGCAGGAGGAGCCCAAGCCCAUGCUGGCUGGCGUGGCAGGGCUCGUGCUGCUCGUCUCUGGGCUGCUGAGCCUCGUGCCUGCCUCCUGGUAUACCCAUGAGCUGUGGGCACUGCCUGCGCCGGAUGGCAGCACGCUGGUCGUAGGCUACAGCCUAGUGCUGAGCUACUUGGGAAGCUGCCUGGAGAUUCUGGGGGGGCUGGCCCUUGCCCUCAGCUUCCACCUUUGCUGCAAGGAGCUCAGGGCCCCCAAAGUGCCCCAGAGCCCUGUGCCAGAGCCUGGGCCAUACUCUACCAUGAGGGCUUACUGCAAUCCAAGGGAUGUGCUGGAGGAUGAGCGAGAUGGACGCUCGGAGCAAGACCAGAGGAGCACCCUGCCUUGUGACUCUGACUUGUAG